AGUUGGGUGUGUUAUUAUGUUAACUUCACAAAGCUACCAUAAACUUACAUUUAUUUCCAAUCUUUAUUCUGUUAUUCAAUUCAUCAUCUUCCCAACUGUACUUUGACAACUAUCCUCCCUAUCCCCAAAAAAAUUUCCAUCUCUCUAUCAAAAGAAUUCAUUCUUUUCCCCUUGUAAAAGCUCCUCCUUUCUGCUAAAAGGUUUAAGUAAAUUUUCGUGUUACCAAUUUAUUUUCUUGUUACUGCUAAACGACACCGUUUUUGUCCACUAAGUUCUUGUUUUUAUUGCUCUUAAAGUUCUUGUUUGUGAUAAAAAAAUUUUUUUUUUCUUCUGUGGGGUUCUUGUUUUUUGCUCAAAGAUUUCAUUUUUAUCUGUUAAGUUUGUGUUUUGUGCUAAAAAAAAUUCAUUUUUUUCUGUUAAAUUUGUGUUUUGUGCUUAAAAAAAAUUCAUUUUGUUCUGCUAAGUACUUGUUUUUUGCUCAAAGAUUUCAUUUUUUUCUGUUAAGUUUUUGUUUUGUGCUUAAAAAAAAAAUCAUUUUGUUCUGCUUAGUACUUGUUUGUGGUCAAGAUUUUAAUUUUUUUUUGUGAGGUUCUUGUUUUGGUGCUAAAAAGAUUUCGCUUUUUUGUUUUAAGUACUUUUUUUUUUUUUUUUGCUGAAAGGAUUUCACUUUUUAGUGGGGUUCUUGUUUUGUGCUCAAACAUUUUUUUUCUUUUUUCCUGUUAAAUUCUUGUUUUGUGCUAAAAAGAUUUUAUUUUUUCUGUUGAGUUGUUGUCGUUUGCUAAAAAAAGAUCAGUUUUUUUCUUGUGGGUUUCUUGUUUUCUGUUAAAAGAUUUGAUUUUUCUAUCUGUGUUGCUUUGAUUUUAGUUAAAAAGAUUGACAAAAUCCAUUAAUGGGUUGUUCAGCUUCACGUUCCUAUGACUUUGUGACAACAGAUCCACAAAAUCCAUGGAAUUCUUCAUCAUCUUCACAUUCACAAUCUCCAUAUUCCUACUCAGAUUCCUCUUCAACUCCAGUUUCAAGAACCCUUUCACUUCCAACCCCUUUAGUUCAUCAUCCUGCUAUGUGUAAAGGUGACACAAAUCACUUAGUUUCCCUUACUUCUACUACUUAUGGUUCCCUUGUGUUAAUUGACCCCCAAAUUCCAAACCCUAACCCUAAUCCUAAUUUCAAGAACCCUAUGGUAAAAUCCCUAAAUGGGCUAAAUGGGACUGACUCACAAGAUCCUUCAUCUCCUGAUUCAGUAAUCAAUACUUGGGAGCUAAUGGAAGGGCUUGAUGAGUUUGAUUUCCAUGUGGUGAAGUCUAAAGUUGAGUCUCCUAAAAAGGUUAAGUGUAAGAGUGUUGAUAUUCAAUGUGAGUUGGAUACAAGUGAGUUGGAAAACAGUUAUGAGUUUGUUGAGCAUUCGGAUUCGAAGCCGUUAUGGAAGCAUUUGUCUGAGGAACAAUUGCUUGCUAAAAUGGAUCCUAAUGUAGCUACAAGCUAUAGACAAGCAUUGUCUUCCAAAAGAUUUGUGCAUAAAGAGUCAGAAGAUUGUCCAAAGCCUGAAAUUGUUAGUUCGAUAGAGUUAGAGUCGAGUGAAGUAAGUUCGUUGAGCUCAUCGUUGCCUGGCAAUGGUGUCCAUUUAAAGGGUAAGGAGGAUAAAAUACAGCCUGAUAUUGUUAGUACGAUAGAGUUAGAGUCAAGUAAUGCAAGUUUAUUGAGCUCGCUGUUGCCCAGUAAUGAUGUUCGUUUAAAGGGUACGGAGGAUAAGAUUGUUCUGUAUUUUACCAGUUUAAGAGGAAUCAGGAAGACUUAUGAAGAAUGCUGCAUUGUGCGAACGAUCUUUAGAGGUUUUCGGGUCUGUGUGGACGAAAGAGAUGUAUCUAUGGAUUCAUCAUAUAGAAAAGAGUUGCAAAAUGUUUUGGAAGGAAAAGCGGUUGGCUUGCCUCAGGUGUUUAUUGGAGGAAAGUACGUUGGUGGUGCGGAAGAGAUUAAGCAACUUCAUGAGGCUGGAGAGCUGGCUAAUCUUGUGGAAGGCUUUGCAGUUAAGCAUUCUGGUUUUGUUUGUGAAAGCUGUGGCGAUGCCAGGUUCGUACCCUGCCCAAAUUGCAACGGGAGUCGAAAAGUAUUUGAAGAGGAGGAAGGGAAAUUGAGGAGGUGCCCCAGCUGUAACGAAAAUGGAUUGAUUCGAUGCCCUAGCUGUUGCCCAUGAAUAUUGAUUCACAUUUGUCAUGUACAUGCUUUCACUACUCUAUUCGAAGUCUAUGAAUUUAUGUUACUAAUGUAUUGAUAUUGAAAUGUGCAGUGUCCUCUUGUAGACUGAUUCGAAGUGUCCAUAUUCUCUAGCCCUGGAAAAUUUCGUGUUCAUUUUCUUUUUGAACAACUCGAAAGUAAUAAAAUCCCAGCUUAAUGUUCC